CAGAUCGCGAACGGUUGCUAAGUACAAGACGGCUCCACAAACUCAGUUAGUUGCUGAUAAAUAAAAUUUACAAACAAACAAACAAACACAAAUAAUCGAAUUUUAUACGAAAUAUACAUUGUGGCGCGUAAAGACUGUAACUAAAUCAAAAUAUUAAUAGAUAUAAUAAUAAGCGCAACAGCUGUCGAUUGCACAAGCACGAAACCAGUUACAACGCGGCGUAUACGCAACGUCGACUGUGGUUUUGGUACAAAAGGCGCCCCACAAGCACAAGUUGCGCCCAGGCGCUUGAUCAUUGCUCUAAAUCAUACGAUCAUUGCUGCUACGCUGUGAUUAGCAAACUAAUCAUAUCUCGCGCCUAUCAGCCAUGGGCUACGAUGACGUCAUUACGCACUUGGGCGAGUUCGGUCGCUAUCAGAAGCGUAUCUAUCUGCUGCUCUGUCUGCCGGCCAUAGUCUGCGCGUUUCAUAAGCUAGCCGGCGUGUUUCUUUUGGCGCGCCCCGAGCAUCGCUGUCUGCUGCCGCAGGAGCAAGUGGGCAAUGUCAGCUUUGAAUCCUUUCCACGCGCGUCUUGGUCGCUGGCCUAUCCCAACGACAGCAUAAGCGGCAAGCCGAACACAUGCGUGUACUACGAUGUGGACUACAGUGCGUUGUAUCUGAGCGGCAAUCAAAGCUAUACGAAUGCCACGCUGCAGUGCAGCAGCCAUGUCUACGAUCAGUCCAAGAUACGCAACAGCGCUGUAACCGAAUGGGACAUGGUAUGUCAACGUAAGAUGCUGGCCGCCAGCAGCGAUGCUUUGUUCAUGCUUGGCGUGCUGCUGGGCAGCUUUGUCUUUGGCCAAAUGUCGGAUAAACUGGGACGCAAACCCACGUUCUUUGCCUCUCUGGUGAUACAAGUGAUCUUUGGUGUGGUCGCGGGUCUGGCACCGGAUUACUUUAGCUACAGCAUAUCGCGCUUGAUUGUGGGCGCGACUACCUCGGGCGUUUUUCUGGUGGCCUAUGUCAUAGCUAUGGAAAUGGUGGGUGCAUCCUAUCGCCUCUUUGCAGGCGUGGCCGUGCAAAUGUUCUUCUCCGUGGGCUUUAUGCUCACUGCAGGCUUUGCCUACUUUAUACACGACUGGCGCUGGCUGCAGAUUGCGCUAACGCUGCCUGGGCUGCUCUUUAUGUGCUACUUCUGGAUUAUACCCGAAUCGGCGCGCUGGCUGCUGUCCAAGGGACGCAAGGAAGAAGCUUUCGCUAUUAUAGCGCAUGCCGCCAAGGAAAACAAGGUGCAAAUACCCAGCGAGCUGUAUGAUCAGCUGGUGGUGGAGCUGGAAGAGAAACAGCGGCAGGAUGAACUGGCAGCCAAGCAGCCGGCGCCUUCUGUGCUCGAUCUGUUGCGUUAUCCCAAUCUGCGCCGCAAGACGCUGCUCAUAUUCUUUGACUGGUUCGUCAAUAGCGGCGUCUAUUAUGGCCUCUCCUGGAACACCAACAAUCUGGGCGACAAUCAGCUGCUCAACUUUGUCAUCUCCGGCGCUGUUGAGAUACCCGCCUACUGUUUCCUGCUGCUCACGCUCAACAGAUGGGGACGCCGCUCCAUACUCUGCGGCUGCAUGCUCUUGGGUGGUGUCAGUCUGCUCCUCAGCAUUAUGGUGCCGGCGCAUAUGAACUGGCUGCUCAUUGCCUGCGCUAUGAUCGGCAAACUGGCCAUCACUGCCUCCUAUGGAACUGUUUACAUCUUUACGGCGGAACAGUUUCCCACAGUUGUGCGUAAUGUUGGCUUGGGCGCCAGUUCAAUGGUUGCACGCGUUGGGGGCAUCUUGGCACCCUAUCUAAAUCUGUUGGGCGACAUUUGGCGUCCACUACCGCUGGUUGUCUGCGGCGCUCUCGCCUUCACAGCCGGUCUGUUAUCCUUGCUGCUGCCCGAGACUUUGAACAAACCCAUGCCGGAGACCAUUGCAGAUGGCGAGAACUUUGGCAAGAGCAGCAGCGUUGAAGUAGCUGGAGAAGAGCUCGGUGUCAUGCUUAAUGGCAAGCAGACGGGCAAGCCCGACAGCUGAGUGGACGGACAUCGGCUGGCCGCUUCAUUGACAACGAAUUUAAGCAAUUAGCAUUUAUUCAUUUUAAUGAAAAAGUAUUUCAACUCACAUAUUAAGUCUGCAGCGCACUUUCAAUUUAAUAUACACAUUUUAUUGUUCAUUAAAUUGUAAAAAGAAAAAAACUAAAUUAACAACAACGGCGUAUGAACUCUAGCACAGUUUAUUUUUAUAUAUGUACUACAUACAUUGAGAGUUGAAUACACGUUUUGAUUAGCUUGGCGCUCCGGCGAUGAUAAGCUGCUCUAGACUACGUGGCUGAUAAACAGAACAAUAGCCCAAGUCCACUGAACUCUAAGCUUUCGCACUAUCUUUCUACUACUUUUGGCCAAAUACAAAUAAUAGUCUAAGCACUUACAUUGUCAUUUAUCUUCAUUUGUUUUAUGUUAGGGGAUAAAAGAUUUAUAAAACUAAUUUAAG